CAGUACUUAGCAUUUAAACGGAUUACAACGAGACCAAGUUCUAGCCUUAGAAAAUCGGGACAACAAAAUGGUGCACAAGUUUCUGAUAUUCAGUGCUUUGGUGGCUGUGGCCUCCGCUGUGGUUCUGCCAGGUCCAGCAUAUCCGGCAUAUCCUGCCUAUCACGGAGUUGCAGCAUUGCCUGCAGUGGCCAAAAUCGCAGCACCUGUGCUGCCAGUGGCCAAAUAUGCUGUACCCGCUGUGGCCAAAGUAGCCGUUCCCGAGCCCUAUGAUCCAAAUCCUCAAUACAGUUUCAGCUACGAUGUCCAUGAUGCCAGUACCGGUGAUGUCAAGAGCCAACAAGAAACCCGUAAUGGUGAUGCUGUACAGGGCUCCUAUUCGCUGAUUGAACCCGAUGGCACACGUCGUUUGGUGGAAUAUACCGCCGAUCCUGUUCAUGGUUUCAAUGCUGUUGUCCAUCGCGAACCGGCCGCCGUCAAAGUUGCCCCGGUCGCCAAAGUUUUAGCUCCAGUAGCUAAGGUCUUGGCCCCCGCACCUCUGUAUCAUGCCCCAGUUGUAGCUAAGGCUGUCUUGCCAGCUGCACCUUUGGCCUAUCAUGGCUAUCCUGCCUACCACUAA